AAGGUGAAUUUAUAACGAUGAACGUAUCUUAAGAAUAAUAAUUUCGAAAAUAUCUAAAAAUUAGAAAAAAUUGUAAUUACUUCAGCAAAAUAUUGUUUUAUCAAAAAUAAUAUAAUAGUUCAUCAAAGAAGAUAAGUGGGAAGUAUAUAUAAAAGAGCAAUUUUUUUUUUUUAUUUCAUACAGUAAUUUUUCACAUUGUAGCACUACUGUAGAUUUAUAUAAGUGUUUGUAAUAUGCUAAUAUUUUUUCUUCUGCUAAUUUUUGGAAUAACAAUUUAUCAUCUUAGCGUUCAUUAUGGUAAGAGUGGAAGAAUUAUUAAUAAAAUUCCAGGUCCAAAGAAUUUACCAAUUUUUGGCAGUGUCUUAGGUUAUAUGGUGCCAACAGAUGAAUUAUGGAUUGCUCAUAGAAAAAUUAAUGCUAUGUAUUAUCCAAUUAAUAAAGUUUGGCUUGGAAGUACUCCUGUUAUAAGUAUCUAUCAUCCAGAUGAUGUUCAGAUAUUACUCAGUAGUUUAAAACAUACGGAAAAAAGUAUGCUGUAUAAAUUUUUACAUCCAUGGUUAGGAACAGGAUUGCUUACUAGCUCUGGUAUUAAAUGGCAAAGGAGAAGAAAAUUAUUGACACCAGCUUUUCAUUUUGAAAUUUUACGUGGAUUCAUUCAUAUAUUUAAUAAGCAAGGAGAAAUUUUAAUAAAUCGUCUAAAACAUCAAGAUGAGGCAGUUAUUCAAAAUAUUGUACCAAUUUUAACAGAAUGUACUCUAAACUCAAUAUUGGAGACAGCUAUGGGUACAUCUUUAGAUGAAAUAAAAACUCGAAAUUUAUAUGGAUCAGCUAUUCGGGAAAUAUCAAAUAAUUUAUUUUUUAGGGCCUUAAGACCUUGGCUUCAUUUUGAUAAAAUUUUUAAUCUAACUCCUACUGGGAUAAAACAGCAGAAAUUAAUUAACGUACUUCAUGGAUUUUCGAAUCAAGUAAUUCAAAAUCGAAAAGAAGAAAAUGAACGAAAGUCGAAAAUGAAAGACGAAUCUUUUUUAGUUGAUGCAAAAGAACAACAACGUAUUAAAUCUGAAUGUAAAAAGGCAUUACUUGAUAUCCUUAUAAAUGCUGCAAAAAAAAAUCCUGACGUUGACGAUACUGCAAUUAGAGAGGAAGUUGAUACAUUUGUUUUUGAAGGCCAUGAUACAACUGCAAUGGGAGCUUGCUUUACAAUAUUACUUUUAGCUGAACAUAAAGAAAUUCAGGAAAUAGCACGAGAGGAAGUUUGUCAAAUUUUUAAGGAAAGUUGCGGUAAAAUUGAAAUGAAGGAAAUUAAUCGAUUUUCAUAUCUUGAUCGAUGUAUUAAGGAGGCUCUACGUUUAUUUCCUGGUGUUCCUGGUAUAGCACGAGUUCUUCAUGAAGAUCUGCAACUAAAAAAUUAUUUAGCACCAGCUGGAACAAAUAUUCAUUUACAUAUAUUUGAUCUUCAUCGAGAUGAAAACUUUUGGCCCAAUCCACUUGUUUAUGAGCCAAAUAGAUUUCUACCUGAAAAUAUACAAAGUAGACAUUCAUUUUCGUAUAUUCCAUUUAGUGCUGGUCCUCGAAAUUGUAUAGGACAAAAAUUUGCAAUGAUGGAAAUAAAAAUUCUUGUUGCCAAUUUACUUUAUAAUUUUGAUAUGGAAACACUUGAUUCAUUUCAGAAUGUUAAACUUCAUCAGGAUAUUAUCAUUAGGCCAGGACAACCAAUACGUGUAAAGUUUAUAAAAAGGGAUGUGCCAAUUUUUUAAUUUCUAUAUAAAAUUUUAUCUAGAAAUAAGUGAGGCAAAAGAAUUUUUAUAGAAAUUGUAAAAAAAAAAUAAAAGUCGAAAACUAGAACCAAUAUUAUUUUUCUAACAAAGUAUAUAACACUGACCAUGUACCACACGCCGGAAUUGAAUUUUAUUUUAACUAUACACAUUUUGUAGAUAAUCGAAAAAUAUUUUGAUACGUAUUUUUUCUUAAUAUUUUCAUUCAUAAAUUUUUUUUGGUAAUCUCAUACUUGUUUUCUAUCUUCUAUAUGUUUAUCAGAAUUUUAACCCAGUUUCACUGACCUUGACUGCUGUCGAAACUAUAAAUGGCAGCAAAUUUCUAGAUAUCGACAGCUAUACUUUAUCUUAAUUAAAUAAUUUCAUAUUUUCAAUAUUCAUAUUAUCUAAACUAAUUAUUGUGUCAGCAU